AGUUGCUCAGCAGUGAAGAAUGUUGCUGUAUCUGCUUCUCUCUAAUCUCUCCCUCUCAGGUGGCAUGCAGAGUGGCAUCUUUGGGGGUCGUGAGGCCAAGCCCCACUCCAAACCCUACAUGGCUUCACUGCAGACACGAGGACACCACGUAUGUGGAGGAGUGCUGAUCAGAGAGGACUACGUGCUGACUGCUGCACACUGUCUUAAUCCCAGUGUUCGCUUAGACAGUGUAGUGCUGGGUGCCCAUAACAUCGGUAAGCAGGAAAAGAGCCAACAGCGUAUUGGCAUCUCUGAGUUCAUCCAACACCCAAAGUACCCCAAGAAGAAGCUUAGUGAUGACGACCCCAAGGCUUUCCAUCAUGACAUCAUGCUGCUGAAGCUGCAGACCAAGGCUAAACUGAAGAAGAAAAAGGUUGAGGUGCUGCAGCUCCCUGAUAGAGUGGAUGAGAAGAUCCCGGCAGGCGUGCAGUGUGAAGUGGCAGGAUGGGGAAGACGACGCUUCGGGAAGCAAGCAGAGAGUGUCCUGUACGAAGCUAAAGUCAAACUGGAGAGGCCAGCAACGUGUGAAAACAAAUGGGAGGAGUAUUAUGACCAGAGCCAGAUGACCUGCAGUGUCUCUGACGGAAAAGAGGGAGUCUGCCAGGGUGAUUCUGGAGGUCCUCUCAUCUGUGGAGAGGGCAAGGCCAAGAUCCUGUACGGCCUGACAGCCUUCACCGAUGAGCCGUGUGACGCCACAGAUAAACCAGAAGUCUACAUGAGAGUGCCCCAUUACCUGCCCUGGAUCAAAGAGGUUCUCGGUGUGAAUGAUGCUCUGCUGACAAAAACUUAGUCACGGCAUAAUAGUCAUGAUUUUACGUGAUGUCAUAUGACUGAAUUAGAGAUUCCACACACUCAUUGGCCUGUUGGAUGCUGAUAUCCAUCUAUUCUGUUAUCAUCCCUUAUCAGGAUGAAGUAGCUUGUCAGCUGUCCAGCUUGGGACAUUAAUGUUAUAUACAAUAUGACAAGAAUCAAAUGAUUAUUCAAUAA